UACUCGCUUUGGUUGUUUGUGCGCCUUGACUGUUGCGAGUGAAUUCUGCGGCUGGCUGGCUGGCUGGAUUUUCUGUUUGUUGCCGUGCAUUACGUCCCCCUAAAACACCGACCUCAGGCUUCCGGACCACAGCCCCGUUCGUGUGCACAUGUGUUGCGAUGGCUACAGAAAUCGUUGCAAAGAAAGUCCUCGCGGAACUGGUCACAAAGUCUGGUUGCACCUACACGGCCGAGAAUAUAGUGACCAUAUUUCAUAACCGCGAUGGCAAAUACAGCAGCAAGUGGCUUGCGACCCUGUUGGCGCAACUAUUCAAAACCAUUCCCAACGGGCACAAGUACGUGGAGAUGUACGCAUCUGCUGCUGGAAAAGAGUCCUAUCCCACCCUGGUGAAGGUGCUGAACCGUUUUUCAAACGAUCUGAAAGCUGUACGUGCUGAAAAGGUGGAGGCCGCCGCUACCCAGCAACAGCAAGAACCAUCGACCAAACCGGAAGUGUCAGUUCCGGCCCACGGUAACACGGAACCAGUCCACAAGCGUGUAUCGUUGUUCGAAAGUCCACCCCUCUCUUCGACCCGCAUCGUACCGGAACAGGUAACGCCGGAAAAUGUGCAGGAGAUUAAGGAAAAGCUCGUCCAGGCUACGUCCGGUGCCGCCAUCAACCGUUUGUCGUCGUCCGCUUCGCUUCCGCCGGGCAGCAUCACCGCGGCCCAUCACCACCACAACUAUCCGUCGCUCAGUCGACCGGGGUUCGAGUUUUCGCACCGUAAACCACCGAUUGUGGCGUGGAACUUCAACUACGACGAGCUGUAUCCGCUGCAAAGCAAAGCGAACGUGGCGGCCAUCCCGGUAGCCUCGCAGGAACCGAUCGUGCUGAAGGAGGUGCUGAACUGUUUGAUCGGCGUAAAGGGAACGCUUAUAAUGCCGAAGAAAAGUUCCUCCACCGGCGACCCGGACGGAUCGUUAUCGGUUGAGUUUCAGCUAUCGAACCAGCUGACCGACUCGUGUCGCGACAUGGUGGUAGAAGUGUUGCCGCUGGCAGCCCACUACUCCUGCGUGCAGUCCUUUAUCGAGGGUUCAAGCAUUCAGGAAGGUGGCGUUGUGCUGCAAGCCCUCCGGUCGGUGCUGAAAACGAUCAUGACGGAUUACUAUCUGUCGAUUGCGCAGCUGGAUGAUUUGCGCUGCCGUCGGGGUCUCAGCAUGCAGCGGCUGAUUCAGUUCCUGAAGCCCGUCUUUCCCACGAUGGAAGAGCUGGCGGCAACGGUGUCGGAAAUUUGGCGCAACAAUAGUCGGGGCGGGCAGGUGCUUUCGUUGCUGCACGAUCGCAUUACGGCCAAGAGCGGGACGAACCACGCGCAGAAGGUGCUGGUACAUCUGAUCGAAUCGGCCGCCGUCCCGUUCUUGGAAAUGCUGCAGCUGUGGAUCUACCGCGGCGUUAUCAAUGAUCCGCAGCAGGAGUUCUUCAUCGACCACAGCUCGAUGGAGCUGACGGAGAACGAGCUGGUCGACUACUGGGAGAAGCAGUACAAGAUUCGGAACGAGAAGGUACCGUGCUUUUUGUCCAAGUACGCGGACAUUAUUCUCCGCACCGGGAAGUAUCUGAAUGUGGUGCGCGUGUGCGGUGGUGCCGACUUUCAGCCCGGCAAUGCGAACGGUAACGAUUCGAUGCAUUCCACGGCCACCGCCAACAGCAAGGGCUCGUCGGCCACACAGCCCGGCAAGCAGCUCGAGUACAAGCACUUCGACCAGUCGUACAUCGACGAGAUCGAGGAGGCGUACAACUUUGCGUCCUCCUCGCUGCUGAAUCUCAUCAUGAACAAGUACGACCUGAUGGGCCGGCUGCUCUCCGUCAAGCGCUACUUCCUGCUCCAGCAGGGUGAUUUCAUUACCGAGUUUAUGGAUGCGGUUGAGGAAGAUUUGCGGAAAAACGUGGACACCCUGCAUCCGAUCCGGUUGGCCAACUUGCUGGACGUAACGCUCGGGCUCUCUUCCGCCAAGUACGACGAGUAUCACGAGGAUCUGAAGACGAUGCUGUUACCGUACGGCAUUGUGACACAAAUUUCGAAAAUUGUCAACAACGAGGAUGCGUUUGUGGACACACUGAGCGACACCUCGCAGCUGAAGGGUAUCGAGUGCUUUACCUUCACGUACAAAGCCCAGUGGCCCGUCUCGAUCGUGCUAAACCUGUGGACCAUUUCCAAGUAUCAGAUGAUCUUUCGCCAGCUGUUCUAUCUGAAGUACGUGGAGCGCAUCCUUUGCCGGGUGUGGAUCGCAAACAAUGAGACGCGCCAGUUUGCACCGAACCCUGCCAAACUGUACCGGUCGGCGUUUACCCUGCGCCAGAAGAUGCUGAUCGCGAUCCAGAGCUUCGAGUCGUACAUGAUGAUCGAGGUGAUCGAACCGAACUGGCACAUUUUCUAUCAGAACAUGAAGCAGGUAAAAAAUAUCGACGAUGUGUUAAACUAUCAUCAGGAUUUUCUGGACCAGUGUCUCAAGAACUGCAUGCUAACCGUGCCGGAUCUGCUAAAGCCGAUCAUCAAUCUGUGCAACAUAUGCAUCAAAUUUUGUGACUUUCUAUCGGAAUCACAGCGCCAUUUUGUCGAUGCAGAACUAACAUGCAUGCUCGCCACCGGUGACGACUGCUCACUGUCCUCCGAGUCCGAUUACGAACAGGCCGCAACCACCAUGGCACCGACGGAAACGUUUUCCGAGCGGGUGGAACAGUUUCGUCACGAUUUCACCGACCAGCUGAUGAUGUUGCUGCGAAAAAUUGCCGACGUUGCAACGCUCAGCACCUCGGAACGGUUUAUCAAUCUUAUAUACAGAAUCAACUUCAACUCGUACUAUAGCGAAACGAAUGAAAGCUGAAGUGGAAAAGGUGGCGUGCAUCCUGUGCGGAGGAACCAUUACAAA